AUGAAGACCUUCGCUUUGACCUGCAUGCUCGCAGCCGUGGUGUCGACCUCCUUCAUACAGAUCACCGCGGCAAACCCUUCAACCACACCUCCACCGUACCACAGGAGAGGCGGUGCGAUCAUCAUCCAGAGCAAGAACAUACUCGUCGACAAGCCUGACCCGAAGCCGAUCAUUGUUCCGGCGGCUGAUGUGAUCGCUAUGGUAUCUCUGCCCGCGGCCCCUGUUGUUCCUGUCGCAGCACCGCCCGUGCUACCCGUCUUACCACCACCCGCGGUCGCACUUGCCCCUGCGCCCGUGCUUCCUGCCGCCCCUGCGCCCGUGCUUCCUGCCGCCCCUGCGCCCGUGCUCCCGCUCGCCCCUCCGCCCGUGCUUCCUCUCGCAGCUCCAGCCGCGGUUCCUCCCGUCGCGGUCGUAUCUGAAGUCACGGUAGUGAAAGUGCCCGCCGUAGAAGACGUUCAAGUCGCCAAAGUGCGACCCAGCGCUUAA